AUGUUUCUCAAACUAUACUGUAGCCUUCUCAUCCUUUGCAUUAGCCGCGUUUUUUGUCAGAAUACAACAAACAGUUCUCAACAAGAGACCGUAUCCGAUUUGCAGAAUAGAGUGUCCAUACUGGAGAGAACUGUGUCAAAAAUGCUGACCGGAAAGGACAACACGAACCUCACAAGCAUCAACACCUUAAAGGUAGCAAGCGGAGGUAUCCCUGUUUUCAAUAAUACACCGGUAACAUUCUCUGCGAAGUCAAAUAGUAAAUCUGGAAUAGGACCUGGAUUCAUUCUUCAGUUUCCAAAUGUCAUUAACAACCGGGGAAAACAUUACAACCCGACGAAUGGAAUUUUUAUCGCUCCUGUCCACGGCCUUUAUUUGUUCCACUGGACCAUGCAAUGUCGCUAUAGUGGGAGUACUCAUUGUAGCACAGCUCUUAAAAUAAAUAAUUCAAUAAAAGGAAAAAUUCGUUCAAGUGAAAAUGGUAGUAAUUAUUACCAUUCCGGGUCUAAAACAGUGUUUGUAGAGGUUGAGGCAGGAAACCAUGUGUGGAUUGAAAACAUAGACUAUUCUGACGUUUAUAUUUAUUCCGAGUCCUCGUUUGUUGGAUCACUGUUGUUGAUCUUGUGAACAAUUACACUUGCAACCCCAAGCUCAAUGACCUGACAAAUAAUGCUUUUUGAUUAUUAUUAUUAUUAUUAUUAUACAAUAUUCAAAAUAUCGAUAAAUAUCUAAGAUUUCUAUUAUUAUUUUUGGUAUAGUCAAAACUAUUGUAAAAAAAAAAAACAACAAUGUCACAAUUUUAACUGUUUUGGAAUAUAGGUGUAGAUAUUUUGGGUGAAAUAUUUAUAGACUCAUUUGAAAUUCGUUUUCUUUUUACAUACUUCUAAAACAUUGUUAACACAGAUUAUGAAUUACAGAAAUUCAAUGAAACAUCAACAUUUCAGUCUUAAAUCAAUACAGUAUUUACCAGAAAGAUUAAUAUAUUUUGCUUAGCGUUCAACUUGCACACUGACUGCAGUUUACAAAAGCCAAAGGGUAAAUUAUUUUGAAGCAUAAAUCAGAUCUCAUCCAUUUUAUAUAGUCUCAUUAUGUUUUAUCUUUUUUUUUAAAAAUAAAUGUGGUUUCUGAAAUGACUUUUUUAAGGCAGCAUGCGCAGUGGUGAUAAAAAGCGCCAUAUUUUCAGGAGGAAUAUGAUAAUGGUUCUCUCCAUACAGGAUCAAUGAUUAAUGCAAUAUAUCACUAAAUCUGUUUGACGUUUUUUUAACUAAUUUUUAGACCAUAAUUUACACACUGAUUUACCUACGGAUUUUUCUCUGUUUUUCUUAAACAUGACAAGGGGUACACAGCGCGUGGGACCAGUUAGCAAGGAAUGUUUACUAUUUCAUGGCACCUGAUCCCACCACUUCUUAUGUUCGUGUUUUCUCUGUUUCUGAUUUUUAUUGUUUGACUUAUAAGCUUCAUACUGUUCUUCAUCUCCAUGUUUCAAUGUAGCCUUUACAACAUGAAAUAUGAAAUAAACAAACAAUAACUAG